AGCACAACAGCAAUGUAGGCGGACGGGAAAAGAGCCAAUCACACGCGUUAUGAAACACGUGAGCAGAGGGCGUUUAGAAUCUUUCAUAAUGGUACAAAUGCCUGAACAACUUCCAGCGUCAAUUUGUGUAUUCCCCGGGACAAUAAACUGGUCAUCUUUACUUUAGUGCCUUAACAAUGCUCCGUGCCACCACUGCCUUCCUGUGCUCCUAUUGCCAGAAGAGGAGCGUCUUAACCCCUCAUAUGAGCUUCUCUGCCUCUACCCUGACCAACAAGCGGCCAGAGAACCAGCAAACUGUCGACUCCCUUUAUGACCUAUCGGUGGACAUCCGUAAAGUGCGUAAGUUCAAGGGAUGGGUGCUGUCAGAGAACUCUGUGUACGUGUACGAGACGGCGGCCCUGCUGCGGGACAUGGGCGCUGACACUGCUUCCAUUGCCCGUGUGCUGGAGACCUACCCCGAGGCUAUCCUGUGUCGGCCCGAGGACGUGGCAGCUCAGCGGGACCUCUGGUCCUCCGUAUGCCCCAACCGGCGUGAGCUGGUAGGCAUCAUUGAGAAGUUCCCUGCCUCCUUCUUCACGCUCACGCACCACACCAACCAGCGUGACAACAUACGCUAUCUCCAGAGCCUGCGCCUCAGCAAGCGCAUCAUCGGGAAGCUGAUGGCCAGCGCCCCCCAGAGCUUCAGCCGGCCUGUGGAGAGCAACCAGGAGGUCAUCCACACGCUGCGAGAGACUUACCUGGACCUGGGAGGGGACGAGGGAAACCUGCGCUUAUGGUUCCAAAAGCUGCUCAGCCAGAACCCCUACAUCCUGAUGCGGCCGGCUGAGGCGUGGAGGGACAGUCUGGGCUUCUUGAGGGAGAAGGGCUUCACCACAGAGGAGCUCCUGGUCCUGGUCUCCAGCCUCAGGGCCUCCAUCGCAGAGCUGCAGCCUGAGGCCAUGCAACAGGCUCUGGACUACACCCAGGGGGUGCUCUUGUGCUCUGAAGAUGAGCUCCGGGAGAUAGUCCUCCGCUGCCCUGCUGUACUGUACUACUCUGUGCCUACUCUGGUGGGCCGGUUCAAGGGGCUGCUGGACGUGGGGGUGAGCAUGGACCAAGUGAGGGAGACGCCCAACGUGCUGGAGCUCACCACUCAGAUUGUGCUCUACCGCAUCCAGAAACUAGCCUCCUACGGCUAUGACGUGCGAGGUGGCAGCCUGGACGUUAUCGUCGGCACCAAGAAGGACUUUGAGAUGACCUACAGCAAACUGCAGCUAAGGCAACAACGACCACUCUUCAACCCUGUUGCCCCCCUCAGGACCGCAGAGGAGUGAAUGUCAAUGGACCACAUCUUGAUGUUUUAAGGGGAUGGGAUGAAUACUGCACGGUUGCAGAACAAGCUAUGGGUGUUUUACUGUAAUUACUGAUUGGAUACUGAGGUCUUAUGUCUGUUGGCAUGAGCUAUACAUUUCCCCAAUGUGUAUUGCGUAUAAUGGGUUUGCUAUGGAGACCUCUGUCUCCAGAAGUAGGUGGAUCAUCCAAUCAUUGUCAGGAAAUGGCUGUUUGUUUCAAUUAGCCUGAGUCACCUAUCAACAGCCACUGUUCUAUACUCUAUAACAUGAGAUGAGAAAGAAUAAUGUUCCAAGUUUUCAUAUUUGUAUCUAUUGAUGAAAUGGUAUCCCUUGCACCUUAUGGUUUAAAUGUGUAUGAACUCUACUGACAGCAUUAUCGAGACAGUAUGAAAGAUCCAAGUAUUUCACACUGUUAUGCUAAAUACUAACUGGAAUCAUUGAUGUAAAGAAAGUGCUGUGUUAUUUUUACAUUUAAGCUAAUUGGCACACAUUUUGGUAUAGGUCCUUGUAGGCUGGAUUGACUUGAUAACAUCAAGUUUAAAAAAAAUAAAACUUAUAACAGA